AUGGCGUCCGGUUUCGGCAUCCACGGCGGUCGCGGCCGGUGCUACCCGGUGUGGCUCGACUUUUCCGAGUGCAUGUCGCAAUGUCAGGACCCGCGCGAGUGCGUGCCGUUUCGAGAAGACUACUUCGAAUGCUUACACCAUCGCAAGGAGUUCACGCGCAUGAACGCUAUUAGCAAGGAGAAGCAGAGGCAGUUGAAGGAGGGUGAUCAACCGACCAGUGGAGGCAAUCAUGCAGCAUCGGGUCAUCAUUGA